AUGGCCGCCAAUGGCAUCGAAAAGGCCGAGGAAGCCGGUGGCCUGGCCUGCACCGAUGUCACGCCCGAGGGCUUCCUCUUCGACAUGGGCGGUCACGUCAUCUUCUCCCACUACCAGUACUUUGACGAGCUGCUGGACACGGCUGUGGGCAGCGGCAAGGACGCCUGGAACACACUGGAGCGCGUGUCCUACGUCUGGCUGAAAAACCGGUGGGUGGCCUACCCCUUCCAGAAUAACAUCUCCGCCCUGGACAAGGAGGACCAGAUCCGGUGCCUGGCUGGCUGCGUGGAGGCCAAGGUGGCCAACGCGGUGGCCCAGGGCAAGCCCGCCAACUUCGACGAGUGGAUCCUACGCGUCAUGGGCCCCGGCAUCGCCGACCUGUUCAUGCGCCCCUACAACUUCAAGGUCUGGGCGGUGCCCACCACGCUCAUGCAGUGCGAGUGGCUGGGUGAGCGUGUGGCCACGGUGGACGUGGAGCGCGCCAUCAACAACGUCAUCCACAACAAGGAGGACGCGGGGUGGGGGCCCAACGCCGUCUUCCGCUUCCCCACCGAGGGCGGCACGGGCGGCAUCUGGAAGGCCGUGGCCGCGCUCCUGCCCGCGGAGCGUCAACGCUACGGUCCCGCCCAGACUGUGACCAGCAUCGACAAGGCGGCCAAGACGGUGACCUUCCGGGACGGGCGCAAGCUGGCCUACGACACGCUGAUCAGCACCAUCCCGCUGGACAUCUCCCUGGGCUGGCUGGGCCGCGAUGACCUGGCCAAGGGCCUGCAGUACUCCUCCACCCACAUCGUGGGCAUCGGCAUCCGCGGCAAGUGCCCCCACGGCCUCAAGUGCUGGCUCUAUUUCCCCGAGGACGACUGCCCUUUCUACCGCACCACCGUCUUCUCCCACUACGCGGCCAAGAACUGCCCGGAGGGCGGUUCCAAGCUGCCCACGCUGUGCCUGGCCAACGGCGAGGACCCUGCCUCGGGCGAGGCCACCGAGGGGCCCUACUGGUCGCUCAUGUUCGAGAUCAGCGAGUCCCAGUACAAGCCCGUCAGCAUGAAGGACACCAAGCUGGGCGGCAGCGCAGGCACCUGGCCCGAGAUCGUGCGCGAGACCUUGAUCGGCGCCAUCAACACCAAGCUGGUGGAGGCCGGCUCUGAGAUUGUCUCCAUCUACCACCGCAGGCUGGAGCACGGGUACCCCACGCCCUCGGUGGGCCGCGACGCGGUGCUGAAGCAGGCGCUGCCCGAGCUCAAGGCCGCGGGCAUCUGGUCGCGCGGCCGCUUUGGCUCCUACAAGUACGAGGUGGCCAACCAGGACCACUCCCUGAUGCUGGGCGUGGAGUCCGUGGACAACAUCCUGUUUGGCACCCAGGAGCUGACGCUGGAGUACCCCAAUAUCGUCAACCCCCGCAAGUGA